UCUGCGCGUAAAUUGAAUGGUGGACCGAUUUAAGAGAGGCGUAAAAACGCACGGACUCGGUUCCCAUUUGCAGCUAAAUCCCUCCUCUUUUUCGUUUCUUUUUUUCGCCUCUGAGUUUGAGAUGACAGAUUGCCUGACAACAAGAGACAUUUUCAAAGGAUUCCCUGACAGCGGUGGCAGAGCGGCUCUUUUGACGUCAGGAACAAUCAUUACUUUUUCAUCCGGGUCUUCGCUCCCCCUCUCUUAUGGUAUUAUUUGCUUCAAUAAGACAUAACUAGUGGGUUCAGGCGUCUUCUGUGUGCACAUGUAUUAUACGCGCGAUAAUAACUGCGAGGAAGAGGACCCUUUCUUUAUCCAGAUUCAUCUGGAACUGCUUGGUUCUGAGGUGAACAAAUCGUGCGCGCGGUGAAGGGAAAAUCUGUUCAGACUAUCCAAGUCUUUUACAAAUGAAUAUUUAAUGGCUCCGGAAUGGAGAUAGCCCUGGUGAGUUUUGAAAACGGCGGGGCUAAAGGAAGCGGGAGCGUUGCCGGCGAAGCUUGCUCAAACGCACUGAAUCUCACACAGACGGGACACGGCGACGGGUACGGAAUGGAGGCGAACACCCUGGGCAGCCUUCAGACGGCCUCGCUGAAAACAAACGACAUGAACAACACCUUCAGCAGCAGCGAGAACGCAAUGGACGCGCUGUUGCGGGCUGACCACAGCCCGCAUCUGUUUGAUGAGGACAUGCUGGACAUGGACAUGGAUAACGAGAAUAACGAGAGGGUUUUGAUCAAUAUCGCUGGCUUGAGGUUCGAGACUCAGCUGGGGACCCUGAAUCAGUUCCCGGAUACUUUGCUGGGCGAUCCCGACAAAAGGAUGAAGUACUUUGACCCUCUCCGAAACGAAUAUUUUUUUGACCGCAACCGACCGAGCUUUGACGGCAUUCUAUAUUUCUAUCAGUCGGGCGGGAAAAUACGGAGACCAGUCAAUGUGUCAAUUGACGUCUUCGCGGACGAGAUCCGGUUCUAUCAGCUCGGAGAGGAAGCUAUGGAAAGAUUCCGAGAGGACGAGGGCUUCAUCAAAGAAGAGGAGAAGCCUUUACCCCAGAAUGAAUUUCAGAAGCAGGUAUGGCUUAUUUUUGAGUACCCAGAGAGCUCGAGUCCCGCUCGAGGAAUCGCCAUUGUGUCUGUCCUGGUUAUCACCAUAUCCAUAAUCACCUUCUGCAUGGAGACGUUACCGGAAUUCCGUGACGAGAGAGAACUGGCCGCCACGAGCAGGGCUGACAACGCCACCCAGCACCGGCCGUCCCACAGCUUCUCCGACCCCUUCUUCAUCAUAGAGACCACCUGCGUGAUCUGGUUCACCUUUGAACUCAUCGUGAGGUUUUUCGCUUGCCCAAGCAAGUCCGAGUUCUCCAAGACGAUCAUGAACAUCAUCGAUAUCAUGGCUAUAGUGCCUUACUUCAUCACGCUGGGUACGGAGCUGGCGGAGCAGCAGGGACAAGGGAACAACAACGGCCAGCAGGCUAUGUCUCUGGCCAUUUUGAGGGUGAUUAGAUUGGUUCGAGUGUUCCGAAUAUUCAAGCUGUCCAGACACUCCAAGGGACUGCAGAUACUGGGACAGACCCUUAAAGCCAGCAUGAGAGAGCUUGGACUUUUAAUCUUCUUUCUGUUCAUCGGGGUCAUCCUCUUCUCCAGCGCCGUGUACUUUGCGGAGGCGGAUGAGCCCGAGUCCCAUUUCUCCAGCAUCCCCGAUGCCUUCUGGUGGGCCGUCGUAACCAUGACAACCGUCGGCUACGGGGACAUGAGGCCGGUGACGGUGGGAGGCAAGAUCGUCGGCUCGCUGUGCGCUAUUGCCGGCGUGCUGACCAUUGCCUUGCCCGUGCCCGUCAUCGUGUCGAACUUCAAUUACUUUUACCACAGAGAGACCGACCAGGAUCAGUCGACGCUCAAAGAGGAGCCCGACAGCGGCAGCGCGAGCCCCUGCGGCGACAUGAAGAGGAGCACGAGUGGGUCCUCUCUGAAGCCCGCGGGGGACGCGGAGAACAACGAGUGUGCUGACAUGCCAGUCGAGAAAACGAACAUCAAAGCGAACAGCAACAUGGACAUCAAACGAUCCCUUUACGCCCUGUGCUUGGAUAUUAGGGAAACAGACCUGUAGUUUAAACCGUGUGCAUUUUGCCAGUAGUGAACAUUUUAAUGCUGUCUUGCAGACAGAUCAUUAGGCUACUGUAGCCAUACCAUUUAAAAUACUCAGAGUUCUCACUUCCCUUUAGUUUCUAUACGGAGGACCAUACGUCACUGCACGUGAACAUUCAUAGCAACGAUGUUAAGCACAAUAUAAAAUUCAACAUGGUAUAUAGGCAACUUUAGCAUUUUAUUUACCAAAAAAACAAGUAUUUACGAAUAUAUGAAUACCAUUUACAAAUCGCCAACAUAACCUAUUUUUAUAUUUAUUGACAGAAUGACAAUGGGAUUAACUUGAGAAACGUGGUCUCUAUGCGAUGAAAAGUCUCUGUUGCCAGAGUUACGCGAUUUUUGUGCUCUUAAGUAGGCUAUAUCACAGGGGGCGUAUAUGGUUUUGAGAGAAGAUAAUUUAAUUGACAUUGGUCGCAUAGGCCUUAAUCAAAACCGAGUAAAAAUAUUUUGACUUGUAGGCUAAUAUAUAACAUUAUGUCGUUUCUAAAAAGCCAAAUGUGCAUUUGUAUAUGCACUGUCUAUCGUCGUCUGUUUACUAUAAGUGAAGUUGUUGUAUUAGACCUAUGGGCUAUAGCCUAUGUGCAUCUAAAUAUAUGUACAUAUUUAUUGAAUUGAAUUAUUAAUUUAUUGUAACAUUUAUAGUAAGCGGACUGAGAAAGUAGUGGACGACUCUGGAUAGAUAAAUUAAUUUUAUAUGUAGCAAAAUAUUACCGUUAUUCAGUUGGGUGUGAUUACGUCUCCUUCCCCGGUUUCCUAGGCCAUUUUUUAAUAUACAAAGUAUCUAUUUUUUACAAGUGUAUAGCACAUGUGUCAAUCUUUUUUUUUUUUUUUUUUUUUGAAAAAAGUUUACAUUUGUGACUGUUUCUGAGGAGGACAUGAGGGAGAGAAGAUGACCCUUGAUAUAUAUUUUACGUGUGUAUCUGCUUUAACCAUGGCGCCGAGACAUGGCCGCCUUGCGAACCUGAGCGCUCAGCUGGCCUGUACCCGAGAAAGAGAAGCAGAUGCACGUGCAAAAUGCAAAGGAAUAUCAGCGGAAGAAUUUAAACAACCGAAGCAUCUGUCGAAGGGUCGAAAUCCCAGUGAUCGACCGAACGUGCCCAGAAACAUCAAGGAUGUGCUAUCGGCCGUGAAACACCAACAGAUCCCGCUGCGAAGGAGCCGACCUGAGCCGCCGCCCGCGCCCGGACUCGGCGACCGUUCCUCUGGAGAAGCGCGUCCCGUCGCGGAACGCCAGCUCAGAAAUCUGUGCCUUCUAACCCCGCCCAUCGCUGCUUUUUCGAAACGCGGUUCGCGUUUGAAAUUUCCGCGAUGGAACAAUCGAACGAGUCCGUACAGCACCGAGGGGGGUUCUGCCGCACCGCGCCAGAACAGAACCGGGCUUCUCGUCUGCGACACAAGAAGCUACGGAGAAACGAUAUGGAGGAGUUAUGGCUUUUAUAUGGGGGAUAAAUAAACUGAGUGUGGAAGCUUCCCUCCAUGUGCAAUAUCAGUCAAUGUUAGUGUACCGUUGUCAUGUGGAAGUAGACUUUUGGAUGACUGUGCUCCGUUUAUUUUUGUAAUAACUGCAUUUUUCCUAACUUAUAUUUUUCUAAAAAAAAUGAUGAAGUCCCACCCAGGGAAGGGAGAAGGGGGGUUUAUUAAGCAUGCACACUGCGGAGGCACGGUCGUGGUUACUGCACACACGGCCAUGGCUACAGCACAGCGUGGUCCUGGUUACAGCCCGGUCGUGGCUACGGUAUGGUCCUGUUUGUACAUUCGGCUGCGGAAAAGAGGGUCUGGAUAUUAACUAACGUGCUGCACUUCCGGUCUGCGGACGGCCAAAACCACUGUCCCGGCACGCGGCUGGUGUGUCCGCCUCGAUAUUUGGACAUUCCCAUGCUUUUCUACUCUCAAAGCAUUCGCACUGCUCUGAUUGGGCAGACACUGCCCCCACAACGGAACAUGACUGGGACCAUACUGUUUUUUGAUUGAUUGGUUGUUUUUGUGUCCAUACCGAGGCCAAUCAGAAGCAGGCUAUGGUCUGCACAGAGAAAGGCAUCAGGCCCCACAUCAGGGAAACAGAAUCCGUGUAGGUCAUCAGCCAUUUUGAGAGGCUCAAACUUAUCUACCUAUGUGGCCUGUUUUUUUUUUUGUUUGUUUUUUUUUUUUGUCGGAAGGUCAAGUUAUUUCUUAAUUUUCCUGUAUUUCAAGACGUUCCUUUGUGUGUGUGUGUGUGUGUGUGUGUGAGAGUAUGUGUUUGAAUGGUUGGUUGACUGGUUUGAUUUAGAUGUUUUGUCCCAAUUCCUUUACCUUUUUGGCUGCUAUAUCGUUGUGCUGUGUUGAUGGAAUGCAUCCAUACCCAUUAAGAGAUGUGAGCACAUUUCAUUAAUUCCUUGAAAAUCUGUCUUAAAUAAAUUUCAUAAAUAAUGA